AUGGAGGUCUUGAUGGUGACGUGUUUGCUUGCUCUUUUCUAUGGUCUCUCCAGCCUCCUUAAGAUAGUUCUGCGUAUGAGAGACCAGGCCUGCUACCUGCUGGCCUAUGAGUGCUACAUGCCCACCGAUGACAUGAUGAUCAGCACUGAUUCUUGUGUCAAAAUCGUCACACGAAACAAGAAUCUAGGGUUGGAGGAGUUCAGGUUUCUCUUGAAAACAACUGUCAAUUCUGGCAUCGGUGAGGAAACUUAUUGCCCAAAAAACAUCAUUGAAGGCCGAGAAGAUGAUGCAACCCUAGUAGAUGAGCUUUUGGAGAUGGAAGAAGUCAUCUUCGACACACUGGACAAGCUUUUUGCUAAGUUUAGUGCAAUUUCUCCAUCACAAAUCGACAUUCUUGUGGUCAAUGUGUCCAUGUUCAGCCCUGCACCCUCUCUAACAUCCCGUAUAGUAAACCGCUACAAGAUGAGGGAGGACAUCAAGACCUUCAACCUCUCAGGAAUGGGCUGUAGUGCAAGCCUAAUUGCCAUUGAUGUUGUGCAAAACCUAUUCAAGUCGUAUAAGAACGUGAACGCCAUUGUUGUAAGCACAGAAUCCAUAUCUCCUCAUUGGUACUGCGGCAAAGAAAAAUCCAUGAUGCUCACAAACUGUCUGUUUCGCUCGGGAGGGUGUUCGAUGUUGUUCACAAACAACAGAGACCUAAAGCACCAAGCCAAGUUGAAACUAAAUCAUUUGGUGAGAAUACAUACUGGCUCAAGUGAUGAAGCAUAUAACUGUUGUAUACAGGUGGAAGAUGAAAGUGGAUAUAAAGGUUUCCGCCUUACCAAAUACCUUGUAAAAGCAGCAAGUGAGGGAUUUACAAUGAACCUACAAGUUCUAUUACCAAAAGUGCUUCCACUGAGAGAAAUACUUAGGUACCUGGUGGUAUCUAAGCUUAAAAGUGCCAAAAGCCAAAAGCUAAAAGCAGAUGAGGGAGUUGGGUUGAAUCUUAAGACCGGGAUUGAGCACUUUUGCAUUCACCCUGGUGGAAGAGCAGUCAUAGAUGGGAUUGGUAAGAGCUUGGGGCUAACUGAUUAUGAUGUUGAGCCAUCUAGAAUGGCACUUCACAGGUUUGGGAAUACAUCAGCUGCUGGGUUUUGGUAUGCUUUGGGAUACAUGGAGGCCAAGAAGAGGCUCAAGAAGGGUAACAAAAUUCUGAUGAGUGGAUUUGGAGCAGGUUUUAAGUGCAACAAUAUUGUGUGGGAAGUGCUGAAGGAUUUGGAUGAUGCAAAUGUUUGGAAAGACUGCAUAGACAGCUACCCUCCUAAUACCCUAGUCAAUCCAUUCGUGGAGAAGUACAGUUGGAUCGAUGAUGAAAUUCUAAACUUUGUUAGGUUUGAUUUUUCUCAAUUAGCUACUUAAGUUUGGACUAUGUUGCACGGGUACAAAUACGAAUGCACCAAUACAAUACCAUUCGCCGAUACGACAAAUCUCAAAAAACUAGGAUACUGGUAAGGCAUCCUUAUGGUGAUUAAAAUAAUAUAUAUUAUAUAUGAGUUUUGGUAUGUUAUUAGUUAAGUUUGACAUUUUCCUUGCCUGUUUGAUGGAAGUUGCUCAAUAAAGGGUACCUGUUGUACA